CGCUGCCCAGCUGCUCGCACGCAGUCGGUCUUCCGAGCUGAUCAGCCGCUCCUCGCUCGCUGCUGCACCAUGGAUGCUCCGCAGCCGGUUGUUAACUUCGGUGCUGGGCCCGCCAAGCUGCCGCACUCGGUGCUGCUGGAGGUACAGAAAGAAUUACUAGACUACAGAGGUGUCGGGAUUAGUGUUCUUGAAAUGAGCCACAGGUCCGCAGAUUUUGCUAAGAUUAUCGACACCACAGAGAACCUUGUGCGGGAGUUGCUAGCCGUUCCGGACAACUACAAGGUGAUUUUUGUGCAAGGAGGUGGCUCUGGCCAGUUUAGCGCCGUCCCUUUAAACCUGAUUGGCCUGAAAGCCGGCAGGUGUGCUGACUACGUGGUGACGGGAACUUGGUCGGCUAAGGCUGCAGAAGAAGCCAAGAAGUUUGGGACCGUAAAUCUGGUGCACCCCAAACUUGGAAGCUAUACAAAAAUUCCAGACCCAAGCACCUGGAACCUCAACCCAGAAGCCUCUUAUGUGUAUUACUGUGCAAAUGAGACAGUGCAUGGAGUGGAGUUCGACUUUGUGCCCGAUGUCAAAGGAGCAGUAUUGGUUUGUGACAUGUCCUCGAACUUCCUUUCCAAGCCAGUGGAUGUUUCCAAGUUUGGUGUGAUUUUUGCGGGCGCUCAGAAGAACAUCGGCUCGGCUGGGGUCACGGUGGUGAUCGUUCGUGAAGACCUGCUGGGGUUCGCUCUCCGAGAAUGCCCCUCCGUCCUGGACUACAAGGUUCAAGCUGGAAAUAAAUCCUUGUACAACACGCCGCCCUGCUUCAGCAUCUACGUCGUGGGCCUGGUCCUGGAGUGGAUUAAGAACAAUGGCGGUGCUGCGGCCAUGGAGAAGCUGGGCUCCAUUAAAUCGCAAAUGAUUUAUGAGAUCAUCGAUAACUCUCAAGGAUUCUAUGUGUGUCCGGUGGAGCCCCAGAAUAGGAGCAAGAUGAAUAUCCCAUUCCGCAUUGGCAACGCCAAAGGAGAUGAUGCUCUAGAAAAAAGAUUUCUCGAUAAGGCUCAAGAACAUAACAUGCUGUCCUUGAAAGGGCACAGGUCUGUGGGAGGCAUCCGGGCCUCUCUGUACAAUGCCGUCACCACAGAAGACGUUCAGAAGCUGGCAGCCUUCAUGACGAACUUCUUGGAGAUGCAUCAGCUGUGAGCGCAUCCUGGCCAGUGGACACGCUGCCGUUGGACCAUGCGUUGCAAGAUUUAAAAGGACAAGCAAACGGUUUACCACAACGGAACCAAGAACGGUGUUUCUCUCAGACGGAUGGACUUAAUAUAGAUUCUCCUUCUUUCGGAGAACAGCAAACAGCAAGAGCCUCGAGAACCGUGCAGACGCGAUGGGUCGUCAUGGCCACUCUCAUUCUGACUGUACUGGAAGCAUUUUUUAAGUCUUCUUGCUUUGCUAACGAAUUUGAGCUGCUUUUAUCUUUCCUACCACUUUUGUUUUUCCCCCUAGCCAGAUCUCAGUUUUCCAACAUGCCCGUGGGCCGAGUCCUACACACUGCAGGUGAUAAUUUCUGGAGGCACACAGACUCGCAGUACGCAGGGCUGGUGGGGGCCACGAGGCGCUGCAUCCAGCUCUGCUCCCAAAGGACAGCUGUUGGUUCAUAUCGCCAUUGGGUGAGCACUUGGGCCUUCUAGGCAGAGUACACUGCGGGUCUAUAAGCUGUUCCUCUUAGAGAAAAAAGAAAGGCAACCUGCAUUUUAUAUAGCAAGGUCUGCUUUUAAUACCAUACCGUUUGUAUCUGUGUGCAUCUAAUUUUACAGAAUCGCCCCCUGCGGUGACAUGUGUAGAGACUUUUAGAGUUUGUUAGAAUCCUUGACACUCAUGCAUUCCAGCAUCGCAUUAGCAGCAGCUCUGCCCCUUUGCCAUCAUCUACUCUUGCUCUUUUCAUGAGCGUGAAGAGGUUGGUUCUCAGUCGAUUGCUGUGUUUUAAUAGUGCCUUCAAACUGAAAGCCUGGUAAGCUCUCUUCCCCUUUGUCCACUGGACAGCUCUCCCUCCUCCUGUUUCAUCGGCGCCAAUCUUUCCGCAGGGGUCCUUCCCCGCUCUUGUGUGUCCGUCGUCACUUUGUCAAACAUGUUUAUGUUAAAUGUGUGACGAACAUUAAAGUACUAAAAUGGCUCAACCUUU